AAUAAUCAUGCAAGUAUAAAACGAUAGCGAGAACGAGUAGGUGGACAUAAAGGAGCCUGAAUUGUUGGUUCUCAAGGACAAGGAGUUUCAAAUCGAUUUGGCUCUCAUUCUCAAAACCAGCAUCGAUCAGAACUUUAUUGACAUCAUGACCGAGGAUCAGAAGUAAGGACCCCUCCUAAUAAGUAUUUAGAACCAAUGAAUUGAUGUCUCUCAAGACUAUACACUUAGAAUUUCUGAACAUCAGUAAGCAUUCUGUCUUUACAUUUAUAGGGAAGAUCGAAAACCUCGAAUUGUUCGACAAAUUAUAAAUCCUCUUCCUCCAACAUGUAAGCGAUCGACUUCAUAUGUAGAAUAAAAUCAGCGACAUAGAGAAUCUAGACAACCUGAUCAAUUUGGAGUAUUUGAGUUUGAAGAAUAAUUAAAUCUCAGUUUUGAAAGGAUUGAGAAAUAGCAAGAAACUAGCCUUUCUAGAUGUGUCUGAAAACUAGAUCAAUUCCAUUAUCUUUGAUUAAGUGCCGCAGAUGAUAGAAAUUUUGAAUAUAAGCAACAACCCAAUCGAAACUGUAUUCAAUUACUCCCAUAAUAGAAUGUGGACAUCAGAAAAUCCAUAUUAUGUCAUCUGAAAUUGAUCGAUGAGAUCGACUCUGUGAAGAUUGACCAGAAUGAACGCUUCUAAGCCUUGGGAAUGUAACCUUUAGUACCUAUGACAUUAGCUUUCCAAAGGAAUUAGAAAGCUACCAAAGAAAAUUGACUCAGAGGAAGAUGAAGAAAAUAAUGAAAUUCAAAAAACUGGAAGAGGUCUUGGAUGUCGAUAAGGUCGAAGUCAAGGAAGACGAAUUAGUUGAAGAGGAUGACCAUCUCACAGAGAAGACAAUCUAUGACAUACACAAUCUAACUGAAACUUUGAUCACUAAGGCUUAAUAGAGCAAUAUUGAGAAGUUGUAUUAGGUUCAGCAAGAAUUGUUGGAGUACCAGAAAUUGCAUUAAGAAAUAAGGAAUAAAAUAUAUGAGGAGUAAAUAUAAAAAUAAUAAAUAUGA